CAUGCCGCAUGUCGUGAUCUGUACUCGAUCCGUAAGCAAGCUGGAAACAAACUCUAGCUAUAAAAAGGCCUCGAUAUUCUUCCACUUCUUAAAAUAUAUAUAGACCUAGUACUACUUGAUCAAUCUUUAGUUGUGAUUGUUGAUCUGGACGUCGAGAAUGGCCAACAAAAGGGUAUUGCAUCCGGCGUUAUUCGUAGACCUGGGGACGACGUACUGCUAUGAUGAUUAUCAAGGGAGUAGAACGACGCCAACGCGUGCUGCAUUCACUGAUAUGCAUCGCUUCGGUGAUCAUCAUGACGGAAAGAACCAGCUCGCCCUGCACCACACCGGCCACAUGAACCACAGCAACUUCUUCUUUGAGAGAUCCAAGGCUAAGGAAAUUUUGGAGGGCUAUGCCUGCGAGAUGAAAAAUGCUGUGGAGGAUGAAAACGUUCGUUACAAGCUUGAGCCUGCAUUUAAGAAGGAGAUUGAAGCUGCCAUUCUCCAUUUGAGUCAGUGGUUAAGGUACGUUCAGGAUCCGCACACAGACGAACACGAGAUCAAGAAAAAUAUGGAAAGGAAUAUACGAGAUCUCUACGAUCCCAUCAUUGCAAGGAUCAAACAACAUUGUAUAUAUGUACGCGGUAGCCGAUCUGCCGAAUCGAACUCAUACUACUACUAAAGCUGCAUGCAACGAUAUUAAUAUGUUACUACUUUGUUUGUCGGACCUUUUAAUUGUACUAGUUUUAAUAUUGUCGGUGUGUUUAAAUUUGUAGUAGUACUGUUCGAUAGUUACAUGUUGCAACAUUUGAUAUUUCUGGUGUGAAAUUUCAGGUUGUUGUUAUAUAUAUGUUGGUGUAUGUUGAUAUAUAUACGAGUGUUACAGCUUGUUUGUAUUGGGAGGAAAUAAUGUUUCUGGUGUGAAAUUUCAGGUUGUUAUAUA